AAAAAAAUUGGUUCUUGGGAAACGAAAAGAUGAGAAUUAAAGAAGAGAAACGAGCACUUUUGGUUUAGUACUAGUAGGAGAGGGGAGAAAGGCUUGGGGUUGGGGGCACUAUCUCAUAUUCAAUGCUUUACCAAACUCACCUCUUCUUCUAAAUAUUCACACUUUACCACCACUACUACCACUACCCUUCCUUCUUCUUCACCGACUUAUCUCAUCUCCUCUCUCACACACUCCGUCUCUCGUCUCAGGUUUUUUUUGUUUUUGGUAAUAGGAAAAAAAAAUGGAGAGUGUUGUUGAAUUGGCGGCGUUGAAGAACAGUAGUAAAACCCUCACCAACGGCGGCGCUCAAAAUGGCGAUGAUUUCUCCGUCGACGAUUUGCUCAACUUCUCUAACGAAGACGAUGAAGACGCUCUCGUUGAGGAUGAGACUGACUUGAAGAAACCCCAACGAAAAAGAGGUCUCUCGUCUGACGAAACUACCCUUCUCAUGAGCAACGAUUUCUCCGCCGUCAAUUUCCCCACCACCGAGCUCGCCGUUCCGAUGGAUGAUUUAGCGGAACUUGAAUGGUUAUCAAAUUUCGUAGACGACUCUUUCACGCCUUAUUCCUCGUUGGCUCCGACGAAGAAACCGGUUUGGUUAACCGGGAAUCGAAGACGUUCUGUACCACCGGUUAAGGAGGAGACUUGUUUCAAAGCACCUCCACCUCCGGUUCAAAUCAGGCCCAAACGAGCUAGAACCGGAGUCACCUACUGGUCUCAUGGUUCGCCGUCUUCGUCUUCGAGCUCUGCGACGUCGUCUUCCUCUGGUCCUCCUUCAAGCCCUCUAUGGCUCUCCGGUUUUGAUUUGGAUUUGCUUGAUGAACCAAGGGUUAAGAAACAGAAGAAGACGAAGAAAUUAGCUGAUCAGACGCAGACGCAGACGCAAACGCAAACGCGGAGGUGUAGUCAUUGCGGCGUUCAGAAAACGCCUCAGUGGAGAGCAGGACCAAUGGGAGCGAAGACGCUGUGCAACGCGUGUGGUGUGCGUUUCAAAUCGGGUCGGUUGUUACCCGAGUACAGACCCGCUUGUAGCCCGACGUUUUCGAGUGAGCUUCACUCAAACCACCACCGUAAAGUCAUUGAGAUGCGUCGGAAGAAAGAGACCUCCCAAGAAGAGGGUGAUGAUGAUGAUGAUGAUGAUGGAACAACCGGAUUGAAUCAAACGGUUCAGGCUGUACCGAGUUUUUGAAGAUUGUAUUAGACCAGAAUUAGGAUUCGACCCGGUUCAGAUUUAGCACCAGUUUAGUUUUCUCAUUAGCUAUUAUUGCGUUUAUGUUAAAAGGAUUGAUCGAUUAUGUAUGCUUUUUUUUUUCAAUUUGGGUUUUGUUCGUUGUUAGUCGCAGACUCGCAGUAGGUUUUUAGGAAUUUAGUAACUGGUCAGGUUUAAUACCUUUUUUAAACUCUUAGAUUGUUUACUUAAUGAUCUCGUUGGUUCCUUUUCUAUU